CUGGUUUUAGGGACGAUACGGCCCUGUUUUAGUAGUGAUGCAAGAGCAUCCUAAUGUGAAGGCUAUCUCAGUUGUUGGGAACGCUAGGGGAGAGAAGUGGAAGUCAAUGUCUAAUGUUGAGAAAGCUCCUUUUGAAGCCAAAGCUGCAAAGAAGAAGGGCGAGUAUGAAAAGCUUAUUUCAGCCUACAACAAGAAACAGGAAAGUAUGGCUGAUGAUGGUGAUGAGGAGUCCGAUAGGUCGAAAUCCGAAGUUCAUGAUGAUGAUGAGGAAAGUGAGGAGGAGGAAGAUGAUGAUGAUGAAGAUGAUGGCCUAUGUGGCUUGGGGGAGUAAAAUCAACGCAGACCGUUGAUUCUGAAAUGUGUAUGAUCUUACCUUAGGAUACAAGUGGUUGCCUUUCAAAAUGGGAAAGAAUGUACCUCCCAGAGUGUUGCUAUAUCUCCCUAUUAGAAUUACCUGUAUAUUUAUUCAUGUUUUCUGCUU